AUGUCUUCUCGCCCAACAACCAACAUGGAGAGGAUUUUCUCUUCUUUGGAUCUGAGCGAAGACGAAGUUAUCAGAACCCCACAACCACUAAUGGCCCACGGAAGAAUCCCAAUCUUUGACUUCAACCAGAUUCCAGCUCCAAGUGCUGAGGAGAGUGGCUCUCAGUCGGAGACUGAAUUUUUCACGGCUUCUCAAGGAACAACUCCGUGUAGCUCAGCAGAGGAUGUUCCACUAACUUUGGAACUGUUGACACCUGGAACCUCGGUGGAGACUUUAAGAGGGCCCAGAACCAUCUGGAACACAAGUCUUGAGACUCGUCGCAGGAGGAUGACAAAACGACAAAAACAAUCUAAAUCCGCUGUGCCCGCCAAAAGGAGCGACCUUCCCACCACUCCUCGCCAAAACGAUAGCACUUCUGAUGGGACAGAUUCCCAUCAAGAGGAGCGAGAGCGAACCAAGAAGCGGAAGACGAAGAAAAGACAGGGUGGCAAUGAAAAGAAUGGCAAUAAAGACGAAGGAAAAGAGAAGACGAACUGA